AUAAAAAGGUAGAAGGAAAAGACAAAAAAAAAAGAGAGAGAAAGAUAAAGAGAGAGUGGAAGAGCAAGUCUUCCCAAGUCACCCGUCCGUCCGGAUCCGUUCACCACUGCCGAUCCGCCUCGCCGCCGACGACGAUGCCGGCGUUCAAGGCGCCGGCGCCGGGCUUCUCCGUCCGGUUCAGCCCGUUCCACGAGCACCGCCUCCUCGCGGCGGCCUCCCAGCACUUCGGACUUGUGGGAAACGGCCACCUCCUCGUCCUCGAUCUCUCGGCCGCCGCCGCCGGGCCCGCUCCGGCGCCGGCGCCGCUCUUCGCCUUCCCCACCUCCGACGCGCUUUUUGACUGCGCCUGGUCGGAGUCGCACGAGUCCCUGUGCGCCGCCGCGUCGGGGGACGGCUCCGUCCGCCUGUUCGACGUCGCGCUCCCCCCCGCGCAGAACCCCGUCCGCCUCCUCCGGGAGCACGCGCGGGAGGUGCACGGCGUCGACUGGAACCCCGUCCGCCGCGACGCCUUCCUCUCGGCCUCCUGGGACGACACGCUCAAGCUCUGGUCCCCGGACCGCCCGGCCUCCGUCCGCACCUUCCGCGGCCACGAGUACUGCGUCUACGCCGCCGCCUGGUCCGCGCGCCACCCGGACGUCUUCGCCUCCGCCUCCGGCGACCGCACCGCGCGCGUCUGGGACGUGCGCGAGCCGGCGCCCACCCUCGUCAUCCCGGCGCACGACCACGAGGUGCUCUCCCUCGAUUGGGACAAGUACGACCCGUCCAUCCUCGCCACCGGCUCCGUCGACAAGUCGAUCCGCGUGUGGGACGUCCGCGCGCCGCGGGCGCCGCUCGCGCAGCUCGCCGGCCAUGGCUACGCCGUCAAGCGCGUCCGGUUCUCGCCGCACCGCCAGGGCAUGAUCAUGUCCUGCUCCUACGACAUGACGGUGUGCAUGUGGGACUACCGGAAGGAGGACGCGCUGCUCGCGAGGUAUGGCCAUCACACUGAAUUCGUUGCAGGGAUCGACAUGAGCGUGCUCGUCGAAGGGUUGCUCGCGAGCACCGGAUGGGAUGAGAUGAUCUAUGUGUGGCCAUUUGGGUCUGAUCCUAGAGCAAUGUAACAAAAUUGCAUUUGGGGAAACACGGAACGCCUUUUGGUAUUGGAUUAUUUCUGUUGCGUUUUGCAUUGGUCAUACUACUAAUACAUGUGGAUUAACUCCUUAUGAGUUGAAGAAAUUGCAAUAAAGAUCCCAUUGUUGUCUAAA